GGCCGGUGCGGGGGGGAUUUAAGGGCUCGCGGUCCCCCCCGCCUCCUCCCGCCGCCCAGGAGGGACGUGGGUGUUGCGACCCAAGUUUCUGCGGGUACGUGUGUCGUGUGUCCCCCCGGCGUUCUCUCCUCUCCAGCACCCGCCCCGCAAGCAGGAUGAAGGCUCUCCUCCUCCUCUUCCUCCUCCCCCAGCUUGGCUCCGCAUCGCUGGUCCCUGAGAGGGAGAAGGACCCCGAGUACUGGCGGGCGCAGGCGCAGGAGACCCUGCGGGAGGCUCUGAGGCUCCAGCGCCUCAACCAGAAUGUGGCCAAGAACCUCAUCCUGUUCCUGGGCGACGGCAUGGGUGUCUCCACCGUCACGGCUGCCCGCAUCCUCAAGGGGCAGCUGCAGAACCGCCAGGGCGAGGAGAGCCUGCUGGAGAUGGAGAAGUUCCCCUACGUCGCCUUGGCCAAGACAUACAACACCAACGCUCAGGUGCCCGACAGCGCGGGCACAGCCACCGCCUACCUCUGUGGUGUCAAAGCCAACGAGGGGACCGUGGGCGUCAGCGCCGGCGUCACCCGCGACCGCUGCAACACCACCAAGGGCCAGGAGGUGACCUCCAUCCUCCGCUGGGCCAAGGAUGAAGGCAAGGCGGUGGGCAUCGUCACCACCACGCGGGUGACCCACGCGACGCCCAGCGCCGCCUACGCUCACUCUGCCAACCGCGACUGGUACUCGGAUGGAGAGAUGCCCCCGGACGCGCUGGAGGGCGGCUGCAGGGACAUCGCCCGGCAGCUGGUGGAGAACAUCCCUGACAUUGAGGUGAUCUUGGGUGGUGGGCGGAAAUACAUGUUCCCCAAAAAUGCCAGUGAUGUGGAGUAUCCCCAGGAGGAGAAGCAUCGGGGCACCCGCCUGGAUCGCAGGGAUCUUGUCCAGGCCUGGCACGAUGCCAAGCCCCCCGGCAAGGAGGCCAGGUAUGUGUGGCACCGGCGGGACCUGCUGGCACUCAACCUCAGCCGUGUGGAUUUCCUCCUGGGCCUCUUCGAGCCAGGUGACAUGGUGUAUGAGCUGGACAGGAAUAACCAGACGGACCCGUCCCUCACCGAGAUGGUGGCCGUGGCCAUCAGGAUGCUCCAGAAAAACCCCCGGGGGUUUUUCCUCCUGGUUGAAGGAGGCCGGAUCGACCACGGGCACCACGAGGGGAAGGCGAAGCAGGCGCUGCACGAGGCGGUGGAGCUGGACAGGGCGAUCGGGCUGGCGUCCCGCCUCACCAGCGCCGGGGACACCCUCAGCGUCGUCACCGCCGACCACUCCCACGUCUUCACCUUCGGCGGCUACACCCCCCGCGGGAACCCCAUCUUCGGUCUGGCCCCGAUGCAGAGCGACGUGGAUCGCAAGCCCUUCACCUCCAUCCUCUACGGCAACGGCCCCGGCUACAAAAUCGUGGCAGGCGAGAGAGAAAACGUCUCUGCUGUGGAUUUUGCCCACGCCAACUACCAGGCUCAAUCAGCCGUCCCGCUGCGCCAGGAGACCCACGGGGGGGAGGACGUGGCCGUGUUCGCCCGUGGGCCCAUGGCCCACCUCCUCCACGGGGUCCACGAGCAGAACUACAUCCCCCACGCCAUGGCUUAUGCCGCCUGCAUCGGCCCCAACCGCGGGCACUGCAGCUCCGCCCCCCGCCCCAGCGCCCCCCUCCUCCUGCCCUUCCUCGCCCUCCUCCUCCUCCUCUUCUCCUAAACCCACACAAGGGGGGGGGGAUUUAUUUUUAAUUCCUCCCCCCCUUUUUUUUUUUUAAUUCUUUUUUUUGUUGUUGGGAAAAAGCGACCCGGGAGCGGUUUUGGUGCUGGAGCUGCCUCUGUAAAUACACGGUGCCUUCCCCCUGUAAUUAGCAUCCCUGCCUGCCCCAGCCCGAACCCACCGCGGGAUUUGGGAUGGGAGCCGGAGCCUCGCUGGAUAAUUCCCUCCCUCCCUCCCAGCCCUCCCCCUUCCCCCCCCCCCCCCAAGACAUCUUUGAGCCAGACGCGAUGGGGCCGGGUCCUAAAAUGCCUCCCGGUUUGGCUCUUGGCUGAGGACUGACGCCGGCGCCCGGCUCAUCACACGUGUGGGCAGCCGGAAACCGCGCGGAGAUGGAGGGGGAAGGACGGGGGAAAAAAGGAAAGAAAAAAAAUCAACUUAUCGGGUUAAUUUAUCCCCAAAACUUGUUUUUUUCUGUCUCUGGAGUGAUUUAUUUCGCUUGAAAA